CAACACUCACACAUUUUCACCAUGUCGCAGUCGAACAACCAGGCGGAGGAGCAGUUGCCGUUUAACAGAAAGCUCACCUUGCUGGACCUGCCGUACGAUGUUCUUGACAUUAUAUUCUCAAAGGUGGACUUUCCUCACCAAAGGAUAUUGCGCGGCGUUUGCAAGGGGCUGAGACACCACCACAACUGCCACAUAAUGCACAAGUACAACUGGUAUUUGGCACGUUUUGCCUACCAAGUGAAACAGAGUGAGAAUGCUGGAGAUCAGCGCUUGAGGGUCCUGCUCCAGAUCAUGGACGGAGCCGCCAAAAACUUCCUGCAGGCGGGCUUAGAGUCACAGUAUGCCAGCAACAUACUGUACUUCUACGAACUCAAUUCCAGGAGCAACCCUUCCGUCAUAUACGAAUUCCUCUAUCGCCUCCAGCUCCGCGUGGAAGACCCCCCCUUGCCCGGGGAUGACUCGGCCAGGAUUGGUGUUCGGGAUCUUCGAAUCAUCUAUACGAUUGCACUGUUCCGGCUCCUGCGAUCAUUCCACCACUUCCGGAUCGUGGAAUCCAGCAUGAACGUGAUGCACUGGCAGCUCGUGGUGGAGGUGCCCAAUGUCUUUCUCGGAGUGAUGGACGAGCGGAACGUGAAUCUUCGCAUGUCCAAUCGAUGUAAGCGCAUCGGCCUUUUGUCCAUUCUGGCUGAGAUGCUCUUCUACGUAAAACAGAACCAGACUUUUGGCGGUUUCAAGGAUACCGGCAACGUGGUCUACACAUAUGGCAUCCAGCCAGGCAUUCAGACUAAAAGGAAGCCACGCCUAAUGAUCAAGUGCAUUAUACUGGCCUCGAAGAGUAUACGUAAGCUGCUGCAGGAUGUCAUAGCCGGAAAGGACGUAACCAAAAGCUCGUUCAACGUGCCAUUGGAUGCGGUUUUUAGAGCUCGGCUCGAAGUGAGCAGCAAGCCAGAAAAGCGGUUUUUCGACUACGGCACGAUGCACAUAAAUAUUUUUCAAGAUGAUUAGAGGGAAAAAGUAGUUUAAAACUCAAGUAGUUGUUCUAUAUUUAUAGUAUUCCGUUUUUAUGGCUAUCGUGAUAAACCUGAAAAUAAGUUUUAAUAAUAGGGCACAUGCUUAUAAUUAUAAAUUACAUUUGUAAGGUGUAGGAAUUUUUAAAUUUGUAGUUCAGCUUCGACCUAGGCAAAACUAAAGCAAGCCCAAAGAUUUAAUUUUCAAAAUGUAGGUUGAUAUAUGAACAUAGCCUUAUCUCACUUGCAUAAAUCCCCUUUAAAUAGGAUUCUACAAUUUCUGUCGUUUUCCUAUUUGGAGACAAUUUGUAAAUACUUAGUGGAUUAUCUUUUCGAGGCAUUUAAACAGAACAUAUGAAAUAAAUUGUAAUCGCAUGCACUUUUAUCUAA